AUGGGACGUGUGAAGAGCUACAACACCCGGAAGGGUUUUGGCUUCAUCAUGGUCCCGGAGUUCCCACGGGACGUCUUUGUCUACAACUCCCACCUCAUUGGUCGUAUAGGUUUGCUGCCCGGCGAGCCCGUGCUGUUCGACCUCGUCGUGGAGGGAGGCCGCCCCCAGGCACGAAACGUCAAGGUGACCGGCGAUGCGACCCCGGUAGAGCAAGAGAACUCGGCCGAAAACCUGGCGACCAUUAAGAAGGUGAUUGCAGAGCAGAUGCCGCACCUGCAGCCAGCACCUGGAGGUCAGUCCAUGCGAGACUACACGCUGGCGAUGGCAGCGGCAGCAGCUGAGGUGCCAACCACAAUGCCAGCGGGUGCGCAAGCGAAGAGUCCUGAGGAGUUGUUGAAAGAGCAGAUCCGGAAGGACGUAAGUCGGAAGUCGGAAGAAGAGCGGACUGUUUGCGUGGCCGCAUGCGGACCGCGUCUUGCGCGCGCCAUGCGGCCCCUAGGCAGCAAGAUCAAGGUGGUGGAGUUUCCCGCCCCAGACGUCAAUGGCUGCCGGGAGCUUGGCGCGCUUGGCAGCGGGAAGCGCCCGGAUCGGAGCGAGGCGGCUGCAAGCUCCUCAUCGGCCCUGCCCGAGCCAGUGCCCGUGGCGCGAUCUGCGGCGAAGCCUCUGAUCCGUCAGAAAGAAGCGCGAAGGAAAGCCAAAGCCAAGGCGCCAUUGUCAGUGGCUGAACGUCAAGCGAGAAACAAGCGCCUGGCGAAACAAUAUCAGGAAGAGCGACUUCGAUCAGCCUUUGGCAAGUCCAGAAAUGAGGAUGGAAACCAUAAGAGGCAUUUGAUUGCAGAAGAGUUUCGGGAAGACCCGCAAGAAGUGGCGCCGACCCGCAGCAAAGUGAACAAGAUGGAGGAAAACGUCCAGUCGUUGGCCAAAAAGCCGGAUGUGCAGAUGUCAGACCUUCUCCUCAAGGUGCUUAACAACAUGAAAAAGAAGUGA